CCAUGAAUGAACACCCUUGAAUCGUGUCACACUGACGUUUCUGUCAAAACACCCUCAAAAUUUCAAGUGAACAUCCCUCCAAAAUGCCGCACUAGAUCAGGCAGAGAUGGCUUCAAACGUUCCGGAAAAAAACGAAGACAACGUGCCUGAUUGGGUACUGGCAAAGCGGGGAAUCAACUACUUAAUCAACAACAAUGCGAAAGAAGCCCAAGAGUUGUUUUCGUCGUUUCCGGAGAGUCUUCCGAUGUGUGCAGGGUAUUCCUUUGCUGCGUUCAUGGAUGCCUUAAUGACUUUCGAAGACGAUAAACUUAAUUUGGCAACUUCAGUGCUUAAAGAAAUUGAACGAAAGUGCACUUCUGAAACUGGAUGGUUCAAAUCGAUGAAAAAAGCGUUUGGUUCGAGUGAUAAUUGCUCAUUGGCUGAGAAUUUGGAGACACAGAUUAUUUUAGCGGACUCUCAAGUGUGUCUCGCGAUUUUAACCUUCCUCCAACAGGACAUUUCGGGGUAUUUCAAGGGCGGGUGGGUGUUGAGGAAGGCAUGGAAGGUCUACCAGAGCACCUACCAGGAGAUCCUCCAGUUGUAUAAAGAACUCGGUGGCGAGAUUGGCACCCAACUCCCAGAAGCCGUAGUGGAGCAACCAAUGAGUCCCGAGUGUAGUCCAACCGGUUCCGAGGCGAGCAAAUCCGAUCCUUUAAACGGGUAUACCAAAAAAAUCCCUUACUCCCAAUCCGCGAUCCUCACUCACACUCACUCCCAAACCGAGUCCUCCUCCGGUACCUCCACUCCCAAUUCGAUGAAAAACAAUUGCAGUCGGUCUAGCAUAGACGCGUCUGCAAUUUCCUUCCUCAAAAAAUCUUUUUCGGUCAAUAGCGCUUUAUCUAAACACACCAAAACCGAUUGGUUCACCAGUUCACUCUCGUUGGCUUAUUUCACUUCAACUUUUCACUUAUUUUCGCCAACAGAGAAACUGAGAAGUGCUCAAAUCGAUAAAGCGACGAUUGAGAGGUUAAUGGGGGCUGUCUCGUUCGGUUAUGGGUUGUUUCAAUUGGGUAUUUCAUUACUACCCCCUUCGUUACUCCGACUCACUAAUUUUCUCGGUUUUGGUGGGAACCGACAAAACGGAAUUGCGUGUUUGAUGUAUGCGAGAGAAGGGAUUGACAUGAGGGCACCUCUAGCAACUUUAUCUCUACUGUGGUAUCAUACAAUAGUUAGACCGUUUUAUGCCCUUGAUGGUAGUAAUGUCCAAGCUGGGGUCAAUGCAGCAACUCAAUUGUUGCAAGAAUCGGAGGAAGAGUACGGCCAAAGUGCCCUUUUCCUAUUUUUCAAAGGGCGAGUCAAUCGAUUAAAUAGUGACAUUCCAAACGCUUUAAAGUCGUUUCAAUCAUCGGUGGAAAACGCAACUCAACGCGAAAUCAAGAUUUUGGCCCUUCACGAAGUCGGGUGGUGUCAUUUGAUCCAAUUAGAUUACUGCAACGCCGAGAACACUUUCUCUUAUUUGAAGUCUUGGAGUCGUUGGAGUCGCGCGUUUUACAGUUAUUUAGCUGGAAUUUGUUGUGGUUCUUGUCAAAAUUCAACAAAUUUGACCAACAUUAAGGAAAUUAAAACGGGGGUGACCCUUGGUACUAAGGGUAACCAAUUGGAUGAGUUUUUGUCCCGUCGUGCCAAAUGUUGUCCGUCCGAUGAUGACGAAUUGUCCAUUUUGCCCCCAAUUUUCUGGAAAUUGUUAGUUUACGAAAUGCUGUAUUUGUGGAACGCUUUGCCCAGCUGUUUGCCCCAGAAUAUCGAGCAAAUUAAGCGAGAUUGUGAACAAGUCGGGGAUGGGGAGGAGCCAAUGUUGGCGUUGUCGAAGUUGAUUUUGGGGUGUUGUCAUUGCAUCCAAAGGCAGUUUGAGGCAGGGAUUGAGAAUUUUCGAUUGUGUUUAAACUUGAGGAAGGGGUGUCCGAACAAUGCUGUUGAUGCUCAUAUUUCUGCGUUCUCACAUUACGAAUUAGGAGCUUUAUUAAUAAAAACAAACGAAACGAAAGCUGAAGGCAAAUUGUUACUACAAAGCAUAGCUCAGUAUAAAGAUUACGAUUUUGAGCAGCGGCUCAAUGUGAGAGUCCAUUCAAUGCUGAAACAACUGUAGACCAAGAAAUAGUGACAAUAUUACAAUAAUACCGAUUGCAAUAUAUUAAAGUAAUUUUAUACCUACCUACUGAAAUGUAGUGCACGGAAAACGACCUGUUUUUGCUUAAUAAAAAAAAUGUAACCGCUUCAUCUAAGAAAAUUAAAUUUUUAUAAUAGU